CACUUGAUUAGGAAGUAGUAAUUGGUCAGACAUCAUGUCAGAGAAGGAUUAUCGAGCGACGUAUUUAACAAGUUUAGGAAUUCAAUCUCGGAAGACGGAAAUCCUGGACAUCCACGCGGACGAGAUUGACUUGGAUAAAAUAAAGCACUAUUUGUUAGUUACACCCUCAAAUAAACUCAACAACAGAGCCCAGAUAUGGCAGUUUCUCCUUCGCAUCACACCACGAUACAAGACAGUGCGUCUCCACACACAGGAGCAGUUAGACGAGCAGUGGUCGGUGAUAGAGAACGCUGCGCGGCUCAUUCUCUCUGUCUCAUCUGAUCACGACACUACUCACUACUUGUACGCUCUACACCUCAUACAUACUGGGCAACUGUCGUUGAUGAACGACAAACACGACAUAACUUGUGGAAACCAAGUUCUCGACAAAUGUAGCGUCCUUCUCGUCAAGAACAUUAUACUCCUCUUAGAAUCGCUAAAACUCAAAGAACAAUACUUCAUCAUCCACGAAAUCCUCCUUCUUUUUUCCUCUAUCAACAAGUAUGAUGUUGUAGUCGAGAAAAUUGUUUCCAAAAUAUCACAAACUGAUUCCUCGCUCGCCAAAAAGUUUCACAGCACCGAAGUAAAACGUGUUUUAUGUAACUCAGUUCGGACUUGUUUUGUAAAAGCGCUGCCUUCGUGCUGUUUUGGGCGGUUAAUGGACACUUUAAUAGCCAAACGAGAUGCUUCCUGUCUUGUCAGUGUCGGGGUAGAGAUUGUGAUGAAGAAUGCAGUUAUAAAUCGUAAUUCCGCUCCUGCUGAUCUGGCUGAGGAGAUCAAGUCGACUAUUUUAGUUACUCAGCCCCAUCAAUCUUGUAGAAGGACUUUUGACAAAACCGUUCCAAAUAGUAAGGCCGAAAAUUAAUCGUUUUAAACAAUUACUGAGCAAAAUUUCUCCCAGGUCCUACUACGAUUUCCAAUCUUGUCUUAGGAACUUUGUUUAUAAAUCGUAUAAUUGACGGUAUUUUUAAAAUUUGAUGUUUUUUAUUUAAUUUAUCAAUGAUUUUGGACUGAGACUUGUUACCAAAUUUGAGUUAAAUGAUUGAAGAAUUUGGGAUUUUAAGUCUUUAUUCAAUUUAGUGCUUUUAAUAAUUUUAUAUAUUCUGACAAAAAUAUCACGAAUGUGUAAAUUUUUUAUGUUGAUUUUAAAUUUGAUGCAUCCUACCCUCGUCAAUACUCCUCACUCAAUACUCCUCACUCAAUAUAUCAAUCAGAAAAUGCUUAAAAUCAUUCUGGACAAAGCUUGUGAAAGGAAAUGAGCUAUUUUUUC